CCCGUAGGCCGGCACGGCAGCCCCAUCCCAUCCCGAGCCCAGAAACUGAAGGAGAGAGAGAGGGGAGCUACCACACCACCUAAACAAACAAGAGGCGGAAAGCGACCAAAUCUCGCGAGCGAAAUCCACCGCACGGGCUCUCCCCUCCCCUCCCCGCACCCCCCACGCGCGCGAUCCGGGCGGAGAUGGACGCCGGCGGGGCGCAGCCGCCGGACGCGGAGAUGGCGGAGGCCGGCGCCGCGGCGGCGGCCGCGGCGGGGUCGGCGCCGGGCGGCGCGAUGGACAACAUCCAGGCCACGCUCACCCACGGCGGGAGGUUCAUCCAGUACAACAUCUUCGGCAACAUCUUCGAGGUCACGGCCAAGUACAAGCCCCCCAUCCUCCCCAUCGGCAAGGGCGCCUACGGCAUCGUCUGCUCCGCGCUCAACUCCGAGACCGGGGAGCAGGUGGCCAUCAAGAAGAUCGCCAACGCCUUCGACAACAAGAUCGACGCCAAGCGCACGCUGCGGGAGAUCAAGCUGCUCCGCCACAUGGACCACGAGAAUAUUGUUGCAAUAAGGGAUAUUAUACCUCCUGCACAGAGGACUGCAUUCAAUGAUGUCUAUAUUGCAUAUGAAUUGAUGGACACCGAUCUGCAUCAAAUUAUUCGCUCAAAUCAAGCUUUAUCGGAGGAGCACUGCCAGUAUUUCCUUUAUCAGAUCCUUCGUGGCUUGAAGUAUAUACAUUCAGCAAAUGUUCUCCACCGAGACUUGAAGCCUAGCAAUCUUCUAUUGAAUGCAAACUGUGACCUAAAAAUUUGUGAUUUUGGACUUGCUCGUACCACCUCAGAAACUGAUUUUAUGACUGAGUAUGUUGUGACAAGAUGGUACAGGGCACCAGAGCUUCUGUUGAACUCCUCUGAAUAUACUGCAGCAAUUGAUGUGUGGUCUGUGGGCUGUAUAUUUAUGGAACUGAUGGAUCGGAAACCUUUGUUUCCGGGAAGGGACCAUGUCCAUCAGCUACGCCUACUAAUGGAGCUCAUUGGAACACCAAAUGAGGCCGAUUUGGAUUUUGUAAAUGAAAACGCAAGAAGAUAUAUCCGCCAACUUCCCCGUCAUGCAAGGCAAUCAUUAUCUGAGAAGUUUCCACAUGUUCACCCUUCAGCAAUUGACUUGGUUGAAAAGAUGCUGACUUUCGAUCCUAGACAGAGAAUAACAGUUGAAGGUGCACUUGCGCAUCCUUACUUGGCAUCGCUGCAUGACAUAAGUGAUGAGCCAGUCUGCACGAUGCCCUUCAGCUUUGACUUCGAGCAGCAUGCGUUGUCGGAAGAACAAAUGAAGGAUCUAAUCCACCAAGAGGGCAUCGCGUUCAACCCUGAUUACCAGUAGCUGGAGUUACUUUGAUCGGCUUCAUUCAUAUGGAAAGUUUUCGGUCCUCCUGCCGCCAUAAAAUGUUGCUAGCUGUAAAUAAUUGCCUCACCCGGAGAAUCAAAAGGAGAUGGGGUGUUAAGGGUAGAUGACGAGCUGUAGUGGUCAAAUUUCCGCGUAGCCUAUGGAUUCUUGUGCUUGUGUAUGUUGUUUUAUGUGGAAUUUUUUUCCUUCUGCUUAAAGAUGUUUCAGCGUUUUCCGUAAGAUGCGAUAGUCCGUGAACGAUGGCUGCCUAAUUUCUGUGGCCGUCAUGAGAUUUUUACAUUGUGGUCGAUUAUGGAUUAUGUAAUGUUGUCCUGGUUAAUGAACUCUGAUUGACUGUGAUUGGACUA